AUGGCUCACCAAGAGUCUGUUAUGCGUCACGACGACGCGCUCGAGAAGAGGCCGGUCUCGCUCAAAGAGAACAUGGACGGCUCCCAAGAUGGCUCCGGAUACGAGUGCGAGUUCAGCGAGCGAGAACAGAGAAAGAUCAUCCAUCGCAUCGACCGGCGUCUUGUCGUAACUGUUGGCGUGCUGUACUGCAUCAGUUUGAUGGACCGCACUAAUCUCAGCGCUGCUGCUAUUGCUGGCAUGACAGUCGAGCUGAAGCUGAAUGUCCUACAAGGCUCCAUAUCUCACUACUCCAUCGUCACCAUCGUCUUCUUCGCGUCCUACAUCGUCUUUCAGCCCCCAGCUACAGUCAUCUGUCGCUACCUUGGACCUCGGAAUUUCCUCUCGGUUAUCGUAGUGCUAUGGGGUGGUGUCAUGAUUGGGAUGGGCUUUGCAGACAGCUAUGGAACUCUAGCCGCACUACGAGUUGUUCUUGGAAUACUAGAAGCUGGCUUUUUCCCAAGCUGUGUCUACUUGCUGUCGACCUGGUACACCCGAUAUGACAUCGGAAAGCGGUACUCAUGUUUCUACAUCCUUGGAAGUCUCGCAUCUGCUUGCGCCGGUAUCCUCGCCUACGGCUUGAUGCAAUUGAAGGGUCGAGAGGGCCUUAACGGUUGGCGAUGGAUCUUCAUCAUCGAAGGCGCCUUAACAUGCUUUCUCGGUAUCGUCGGUUACUGGGCUCUGGUCGAUUUCCCCGACAAGGCGCAUAAAUCUUGGAACUUCCUGACUGAGCGUGAAGCCAUGUACAUCAUCGACCGCGUCAACAGGGAUCGUGGUGAUGCUAAGCCGGAGCCAUGGUCUCUUGCCAAGUUCUUCAAGGGCGGUGCUGAUAUUAAAAUCUGGGGUUUCGCGUUGAUCUUUUUCAACACAACGACGGUUACCUACGCACUGGCCUACUUCUUGCCUAUCAUUCUGACAGGCAACAUGGGCUUCAGCGUCGGCGCAGCCCAAUGUCUUGUUGCACCACCUUACGCAUUCGCCGCCAUCGUCAUGUACACGACCGGUUGGCUUGGAGACAAGUACCAUCUCCGUGGACCUAUUAUCCUGUUCAACAUGGUUCUCUGCCUCGUCGGUCUGCCCAUCAUGGGCUUCCACAGCAACUCGAACGUCAGGUAUUUCGGUGUCUUCCUGACUACUGCUGGCGCAAACAGCAACAUCCCUGCGACGAUGUCAUACCAGGCAAACAACAUUAGAGGCCAGUGGAAGCGCGCGUUCUGUUCUGCCAUCUUGGUGGGAAUGGGCGGCGUCGGUGGUAUCGCAGGAGGUCUCGUUUUCAGGGAACAAGACAAACCCGGAUACGAGCCAGGACUGUACGCUUGUAUCGCUUGCUGCUUACUCACGAUCGUCGUCGUCAUUCUGAUAACGUUGAGGUCGUGGAGCUUGAACAAGCGUGCCGAUCGGGGUGAGCUUGAGCUAGAGUACAACGAUGAUGGCGACCAGAAGGGCUUCAGGUAUACUUACUGA